AUGUCUCUCCAGCUUUCCAACCUGUUUGGCGUUAAGGACAAGCCCAUGAAAGCGAUCGCGGAGGGGUUUUCUACCAACGGUGCCAAAGUCUAUAUCACGGGACGUCGUGUUGAAGUCCUGGAGAAGGCUGCGGAGGAACUACGUGAAAGAGCGACACUUGGUGGACAAGUGAUACCCAUCAAGGGCGAUGUGAGCACAAAAGACGGCUGUGCCCAGCUCGUUGAACAAAUAAAACAGAAGGAGGAUCAUGUUGAUGUGCUAAUUAGUAAUGCUGGUCUGCCUGGGAAGACGGACUAUCCUCCUUGGAAUCCCAAUGAUCCCGACGCUGUUGAAAAAGGUUUGUGGGAAAGUGUCGACGACGAAUCCUUUACCACAACCAAUAAUGUCAAUAUCAGUGGUGUCUACUUCACCACUGUGGGAUUCCUUCCACUGCUGCGAAAGUCUUCGGACCCCAGCGUGAUUGUGAUUGCUUCCUUGGCCGGGGUUGCCAACCAGAGGACCGUGGGAACGGUGACUUAUGGUGCUUCAAAAGCUGCAGGUACGCUUAAUUGUUGGUCGUUCGUUACUUCUACGCUAGCUAACUCUGUCUCAAAGCUCUCCACGUAUCGAAGCUCUUGGCUGGUAGAUUUUCUCCGUAUUGCUCUCCCUAACAACGACAUUAGUAUGAAAGUCCGCGUUAAUUGCAUCUGCCCUGGAAUCUUCCCCAGCGAGAUGACAUUCGCUGAUACCACUGGCAACGCCGAAAACCUCAAUCCGGCCUCAGAAGGUGCUGCUAAGCGGGCUCCUGCUGGGCGCCCUGGAUAUCCCGAAGAGAUUGUCGGACCCUGUCUGAUGCUGAGUUCCAAGGCCGGGGGCUACAUGAACGGAGGGUACCUCUUGGUUGAUGGCGGCAGAGCAAUGAGCGCAUCCAUCAACGAUGGAAUUCACAUGCCAGAGGACACAUACGUGUGGUAAACUCGCAUGUAUCCAAGACCUCGGCUACAGCUACCACCCAACCCGAACUCCAACACAGUGACAAGAUAGCGAUCACAUAAAGGAGCCAUAAUGGAUUGAUUAGCUAUCUCUACUUCAUCCUGGUAGCCAAACAUUUAUAUCUCUAUCAUUGCCAGAUCCCAAAUCACCGCCCCUCCGUAACAGUCCUCAACUCACUCAACAUCCCCGCCCUGAAGACCCCCACAUCCGUAACCACCGAAAUCAUAUCAAAUCCCUGUUCCGCGCGCACGCGGGAAUCCUUACCAUCCGUACAAAAGAUAGCGGCC